UCCUAAGCUUAUGAGCACUGCCUCUUCUCGCUCCAGUUUAUCUGCAGCUUCUUGUUCUUGUGCCCGUUUCUCAACUAAAAAGCCUUCCUCAGGGAGAUGAGUGUGUGUGUGAGUGUGAAUAUCUGAACCAAGGUGCUCUAUGCCCUGAAAAAUGGCAAAGAGGACCCAAGCCCCACAAAGCCAGCAAACCCGUUGGCUCCUAACUCUGCCAAGAGUUUAUUUGCCCAAAGUUUCUUUCUUUGUACUGGGGGUGGGUGGCAGAAGCCAUGAGUUCUAAAGGCCAGUGGAAACCUGUGAAACACUCAUGGUUAAAGCUAGACACUUGUUAACAUAGUGACACUGGGUAAGGAAAUGCUUUCAAACCUCUUUUCUGUACUAACAAAACCUGUUAGUUUUGUCACACUAGGAAAAGAAAACUUUGCUAAUUUGACUUGGGUUUUUUCCCCUUCCUCUGAGAACUGAUUCAGGUUGCUUGCCUAACCUGGCAAGGCUUUCAUAAACUACAACUCUCACCAUCUAACAGUAUCUCACCUGACAAGCUGAUCCAGCUGAAGGCUGUGAGGCCAUCCAGAGAGACCUGGACAGACUGGAGAGAUGGGCACAGAGGAACCAGGAAGUUCAGCUUAAGAGUAUGAAAGGAAGAAAGAAGCCAGCCCAGCAGGGUUGAAAUCUGGCCAUGCUCAGGCACUAUUACUUCAGUAGUAGUUUUCCAGCGCUCUUUACAAAGCUCAGGUGUUAGAACCCAUGAUGUCAGGCAGAAACUUCCAGGGACUGAAGGACCAGGCUGAAGGUGCAGCAAAAGAUGCUGCAAACACAUUGGGAAAGGCUACUCAGGAUGCAGUCAACCAGAUUACAGACGCAAGCCAGAAAGCUAUUGACAAGGCUUCCAAGGCAGCACAAGAAGGGGUAGAAAAAGCAACUGGACAAGCUGCAGAAGUGAUGUCUGGCUUUGGGAAAAAGUGUGGAUUUAAGAAAUGAUGUUAAACUAAACAGUACUGCAGGUAGAAAUCUCUCUUUGGUCUACAAGUCCUUACUCCUUUGUAUAGUUGUUUGAGGUCUGGGUAUUUUCUAUCUCUCUAAAUAGAAAGUUCUAAGGCAAAAGGCAUCCCUCAUCUUUCACAGUGGAAAAAUGAAACUUUCAUCUUGUAACCUCUGUGGACAAUCUUCAAAAUGGCUCUUAAGGCUUUAGCAAUGUAAUUGCCCUACUCUUACAACAGUACAAUGAUUAUUGCCAUAUUUGCUAAGUGUGUUUACAAAACCAGAGAAAAAGUUCAUACUGCAGGACACCAGAACAUUCUUGUGAUGAAACUGAAGUUUCCUUCCUGCAAUCAGAAAUUAAGUUGAACUUGAAUUCUUGUCAGUUGCUCAUUUUGUUCCCACCUGCUGUGGUUUUUUUGCAUUAAGAUAAAUAAAAGGCACUGUAAGACUUCCACCAUCCAGAAA